UUGACCUUGAGGUGGUGAUGAAACUUGAUGAUACUUUGCUUCGUGUUCCUUCUCUUAGGUUGUGAGAGCAAUUCAUUUGUCCUUUUCAGUUUUAUUUAUUUUGUGGUGUUUUAUAAUAAAUAACUUGAAAACAUGAUGCUCUUCUCUGUAAACUAGCCAUAAUCUCACAUUAAUCAAAAGAUCUGCUAAGCCCUAAACAACGUGUAUCUUCCUCUUUAGUUACUGUGUAACAACGCCCAACAUGGUGAUUAAAUGUGGUACUCUGAUAAGGAUGUUAUAUAGCUCCUGCUGUAGAAUGUGUUCAGUUUCAGAUACUGGAUGUUCACAUUAAGAGGCCAAUUAUCAGCCAGAUAAAAUUAAAAGAGACUCUCUUUGUGACUAGUUUUCAUUGUCAGCUGUCAAACCCAAAUGCUUUAACCUAAUCAACACACUAACCCCCUGAAUAUCUUGAAAUUUGCAUGUCGGUAGACCCUGUCACACUGUCGCUCUUCUUGAUAAACUGGCAUUAAUCAAAGACUCUGCUCGCUUCUGAGAUGCUUGCUAAAAUCUGACACGACCCGUUAUUCUGAGUUGUUUUGAUUGUAAUUUGUAAAUGUUAAAGAUAGAAUGUGAAAACUUCCUUUUUGUAGGAAACACGAGGGGUGGGGGGUAAUGUAGCUGCCUCAAACUGUCCCCUCUUUUUAAGUGCACAUACGGCAGGGGGUUAAAUCAAAUGUGUUAUCUGAUGAUUUGUUGGGGAUAGGCUGUAUUUGUAGCAGGAUGGUAGGGAUGUGUAAAAAGUGUGUAUACAAGAAUAAAGAACUGUGGUGCACUCUUGUAUAUAGAAUAUGUUACUGCAGUACUAAAUGACUACAUCCAAAAAAGCAUGUGCUUUGAAGUGACACCUUUCUGUGAAUGGUAGAUGUUACACGUGCUUCCAUUCAAAUACAACAUUACUGCAUGGUGGUGGUCAUCAAACAGCUGAUUUCAGUGGUAUCUGGUUAGGAUUCUUUCUGAUGAACUGAUAACUAUGUGUUCUAUAGCUUUUUGUCCUAGAGGUUGGAGAAGCGGCUUGUGAUCGGAGGGUCACCGGUUCAAUUCCCCCACCGGACGGGCAGGAAAAAUUUGGGUGUGGUGGAGUGAUUAAUGCGAUAAAAUUGUCCCCCCCCUCCAUUAGCCGGCUGAUGUGCCCUUGAGCAAGGCACUUAACCCCCCCAAUAUGCUCCCCGGGUGCUUGAUGCUGCCCACUGCUCCUGUGUGUGUUUCACUGCGUGUAAUUUGCCGGGUGUUGCAUGUGUGUGUUCAACUAAGGAUGGGUCAAGUGCAGAAGACGAAUCCAGUGUGUGUAUGUAAAAAUAUAUAUACUGUCAAUAAAGCUGAUUCUUCUUCUUCUUCUUCUUCUUCUUUCCUUAACAGAUUGGGAAUCAGGGUUUUCCUGUUUAAAACACCAUACUUAGAAAGAAAUUGUUGUAUAACUGAGACUGGAUGUAAACACACUCAUGUUGUCAUUCCCUUCUGCAAAAGAGUCCAUCAUGUGACAUCCAUGUAGCAGGGAAAUGAAAUGUUGUUUGUCACUUGGCCACAUGAAAUAGGGAACAGGGAACUUUUCAUUUCACUGCUAUAUGGAUGAUACACAGCCAGUAAAGAAGACACAAACCUCUCCAAAUCUCUUACAAAUUGUCCAACAGACAUGAAAAAAUAAGUAUCAGCAGAUUUUCUUGAAUUAAAUUCAGAUAAAACGGAUCCUUAGCAAUCUACAGUACAUCCUAAUGUAAUAUUGUGUCAUGGUUGUUUUUAACUUAAUGUCAGACCAAAUGUCAGGAAUCUGGGAGUGUUUUUUGACUCAAAUCUAACUUUUCAAAAAGCACACCAGUAAGGUCAUCCAGACUUGCUAUGGCCAUCUCAGGAAUAUUGUAUGAAUGCGACCAAUGCUCAGUUUUAAUGACUCCCAAACUAUCAUUCAUGCUUUUAUUUAAUCAAGGCUGCAUUACUUUAAUAGUCUUUUAACAAGUAGAAAUCAGAGAUCAGUCAACAGACUCCAAACUUUAAAAAAUGCAAGACAGUGAGACUCCUGACAUGAACCGAAAAAUGAGAACAUGUAACUCCAGUUCUAAUGUCCUUACACUGGCAGUCCAUUUGUUUCAUGAUUGAUUUUAAGAUUUUACUACAUGGGCCACACUGCACUUUAUUCUUGAUGCUGCACUUGCGUCUCGCACAUUCACCCACUGAUUUAAUAUGUUAUUCUGGUGUUUUACUUAUGGCUUUAUGGUCCUCUGUUCUGUUAAGUUUCAUUUCCUCAUGACUUACUCCUGAUCAGUUCAUACAUUUUGUGUAUUUUAUUUUAUGCUUAUUUUUCUGUUGCAAAGUACUUUGUCAUGUUGGUUUUGAUAAGUGCUAUCCAAAUAAACCAUGUUAUUAUUAUUAUAAAUCCUGCUUUGUAUGCCUUAAAGUGAUUGGAGAGAACGUACGCUUUUAUACAAUCGGGUACGCAUCCUUAACAAGAGGAAAAUAUGUUGUGUGGUCUGCUAUUAUUUUUACCACCAGAGGUCGCUGUACACCACAGGAUGUGGCGCUGAACGUUUGGGAAACGAAAGAGAGAGUGAUGAAGAAGGAUGUAGGAAUUCACCUUCGGUUGAGGUGAACCUCAGGUGUGAGAUGUGAUCACCUCCCGCCAUCUUUGCUCUGGUUUGAAAACUAUUUUCUGUAAAACAAAACUGUCACCAGGCCUGUUGUGGAUGGCUUAUUGCAAAUGUGUUCUGGAAACUAACAACAUAUUAUAGGAGUUUUUAAAAAAAAUGCUCCUAAAUGAGUUGGCCAGGUUGGCUUAAGAGCUGGUGGUGAAGAAGGUGGGGCAGACCUCUUCAAGACAAACCAAACUUAAGGGGUUGAAGGCAGGUUGACUGACUGCCACAUGGAUUGUGUUUGAGUCAAACCAGUCCUCAUUAUUUCAGUCCCCAUCUGUUUCCUGGCUGAGAACAUCCACGACUUAAGUUUCACUCUGAUGUCUGUCGUCAAAGGAAGCGCCGCCUCUCAAUUACUGGACUGGACUCUUGCCUUCAGUGUGAUGGAGUUGCUCGGCUUGUAAUGCGGGCAGCAUCGCAUUUUUGUAUCUUGAGAAACCUCUGCGGUGGCGUAGGUUUUUAGGGAUUGUGCUACGGCUGGUUGUGGAACCUGUCUUAUCGGCAAAACUCAGGACCACUGCCACGACCGUCACCAUCUCCAUUUGGUGUGCACAUAGGCUACUAUCAGGUCUGUCAAAACAAGAUCUGGACUACUCACCAAGCGCCCACUUUGACCCUCCAGUAUGUUCAGAGUUUCAGUGACCAGAAGGUUCCAAGCAGGAACUUUCUUGUUGCUGUUGGGGACUCCUCUCUUCCUCGUUUACCUUUAUAAAGACAAUGAAAAGAUAUACAGAAUCCAGUAUGAGGGAGAAAGUAACAGUGAAAUGAAGCCACCCACCAAAAACAACUCCUACGUAUACUCCUGGCCAACAUGUCAACAAAAUACAUCUGUUGCCAACAUCACAAGCUUCAGCUCUCUUCCUGGUAGUAUAAAAGAUUUUCUCUACUAUCAACACUGUCGCCAUUUCCCCAUGUUAUUGGACCUUCCUGAUAAAUGUGGAGGAGCUGAUAAAUCAGCAGACGUCUUCCUGCUGUUGGUCAUUAAAAGCUCUCCUGUGAACUAUGAUCGCAGAGAGGUGCUGCGCAGAACCUGGGCUAAAGAGAGGCUACACAGAGGUGUGUGGAUCAGGAGGAUCUUCAUAUCAGGAACAAAUGAUUCUGGAUUUGAGAAACAGAGACUGAACAAACUACUGGAGUUGGAGCAACGUGACUACAACGAUAUCCUCCAAUGGGACUUUAGUGACACACUCUUCAACCUCACCUUGAAGCAGAUUCUCUUCCUGGAAUGGAUGGAAAGAAACUGUCCGAACGCUCGUUUCCUGCUGAAUGGAGAUGAUGACGUCUUCGCCAACACAGACAACAUGGUGGAGUAUCUCCAGAGCCUCAAGGAUAAUGAUGGAAGCAAGCAUCUCUUUUCUGGCCAUCUGAUCAGAAAUGCAGGUCCUAUGAGGUGGUCGGCGAGCAAAUAUUUCAUCCCAGUUGAAGUGUACAAACCAAACUCAUAUCCCCCUUACUGUGGUGGAGGGGGCUUCCUCUUGUCUGGCUAUACAGCUUCAGUCAUAUACAAUAUGUCCCAGUCCAUCACCAUCCUUCCCAUUGAUGAUGUUUACAUGGGGAUGUGUCUGGCCAAAGCAGGACUUAGUCCUGUUUCUCAUAUGGGUGUGAAGACUUUAGGAUUUCACAUUCCCUCCAAACAACUAGAUAUACAAGACCCUUGCUUUUAUAGAGACGUUUUAGUGGUACACAGAUUCCUUCCGGCUCACAUGUUUCUCAUGUGGCGCAGAAUACAAGACCCUAACCUGAGAUGUGGUCCCUCCAAGAAAAGGUUUUGGCAGCACAAAAAUUUGACCUUGAGGUGGUGAUGAAGCUUGAUGAUACUUUGCUUCGUGUUCCUUCUCUUCUACAUUGUGAGAGCAAUUCAUUUGUUGACUGUGAUAAGAUUUGAUGACUCUCAGUGGCCAGCUUAUUGCAGCAGCCAAACUCAGGCAAUCUAAUAAAACAACAACAAACCUACCAUUAAGUGACAGCUUAAGACGACUUUGUGUUUGUCGACACUUUCAGAGCAGUUGAUUCGUCUCUAUUUCCUUUCAUUGUUUGUGGCGGCUGUUGUUUUGGGCCACAUCACACUGAAAUGUUUUUAUAGAGUAAUAUUCUGAUGAUCUCAUGAAGUGAAUUAGAGACACAGGAAGCACCACUGCAGUCCACACAUUGCAGUGUUAAAGUGUGUGGGCAACCAGUAACAUACACCUGUAAUUAAAGUGUAGUUGCAGGUUAUGUGAACCGUAAAAUAAAGCGGUUCUUAGCUCCCUGCAUAGAAUCACAAUCGUCCAAAGUAUUGGAUUAGGGGGUAGCAGUAUAGACUAUUUAAAUAUUUAUGUCAUCGUGUUAUCAGAAUGUCUUUUUGCUUUUCGUGUGACAUUAACACUAUAUUGUUUUUCUUGUUAUUGUUUGUUUGUGAACAACAUGUCAGGUGACAUAGUAGUCAUAAGCUGGAUGUGACAUUGCACAUACUUCCAUGCACCAGAGGUUAAGAAAUAUGUUAAAAAUCAGUCUAGAGGUUUGGGGGAUUUUCCUUUAGUUGUCUGCACUGUUUGAUCAAAUCACAACUAAGUUGAAUUUUUUACUAAAUUUUACUGAAUUAUGCUAAAUAAAUAAAUUAAAUAAAAACCCCCACAAUAUUUAGAAUUUUUUUCGAACUCGAAUUUUGAUUUUUUUAUUUUAUUUAUUUGUGUUUAUAAUCAAGUUUUCAGGGAUUUUAAAGGCUUUAUCAUGAGGUUAAUUGCAUUUUCUUUUCUUUCUGUUGCACUUUGGGCAAUUUUAUCUUUAAAUAUACUCUUAUAUAUAAACAGACUUGUCUUAAACUGUGAAAUAUUUGUUGAAAAUUGUGUCUUUUUCAUGCAGUAGAUAGCAGAAACAAUAUUCUUUCAGAUUUGUAAGAAAAAUAAAUAUAAAACAAGAAACUAAGAAAGAUAGAGGAAUGAACUUAUCAAAGGCUUUUCUAAUCAGCUUCUUACUGACGGCAUAUCGUGACUCACACAGUCCUGGAGAAACAGGUUUGAAUGAUAAAAUCAAAUCAGUUUAGAGAGACAAUAAGUACUUGAGGAUAAAGAUCUGAAACGUUUUCUUAUACUUUAAAGAUAUUUUUGUGUUCAAUUUAGUUUGUAUUACAAGAUUUUGUUUAGGUUUUUACUUGAAUCUAAAAGGAUGACCAGGACCCAGGGGCAAAGCACACUGGUCUGGAACACAUUUUUUUAAUUUAAAAAAGUGUUUGAGUAUCUGCUGACAUACACAUACUGUACAGCUACACAGUGCAUGUUUGGGUAAAUAAAAAACAUUUGUAAAAUGUCUCAUCUCAAAAUGCAAAAUAUUCUGAUUUGUAUUGUACAGAUAAUAAAUACUUUUUGUGAUAAAACUAGACAAUAGAGGACAUGCAGUCCACUGUGUGUUGUUCAGGUUUCAUCCCACAGUUAUUGACACUUACUGUAAAAUGUGACUGCUCAAACCAAUUUCCCUUAAUGCCAUGCUUCGAGUCUGACAAUAGAAACACAGCCCGUUGUGUUCUUUAUUGUUUCUUUGGAUCCUCGUUAGUUGUUGCCUUGGCAAUUAAUCUUUCAGGCACCCAUACAAUAAAACACGGUGUACAGUAUUUUGAAUGCUCAGCGGCAGCUGAUUGAGCUGGAAGGGAAAGACGGAGAAAGAGAAAGAGAAAAAGACAGAGAGAACAAUAGGAGAAAAAAUGUAACUAAAUGAACACAGUGUACCGACUGGGCCUCCUCAAUAACUACUCAGCCUUUUUUUUUUUGAACAUUUUUGUUGACAGCCUGGGUGAGACAACACAGUGAGUGAAGUGAGAAGACCUGCGUCCUUGUGUUGUCUCUUCCUGUGACAUUUGGCCAGUGAAAAUGCAAAUUGCAGCAGUCUACAAACUUCUUAAACUUUUGGAACUUUUCACCAUUGUGAACUUUUGUCUGUGAUUAGGUUUUUAAAAAAUGGUAAAAAUGUAACCAUUUGUCAAAAACCAAGGUUAUGACGUGUAACAUUUAAGUCUGACAUGUGAGCCUAUGGCUAUGUGAUUAGAUCUCACACGCUUGUAAUGUGAACAAACUGGCUUUUCAUGGCAUUUCCAUGGAAUUCACUUCCUCUUCAUGCUCAGUGUGUUUUGUACGAUACCCACGCUACAAAUGGUGCAUAUCUCUGAAGUGCAGGCUUUUGAAUGUCAUCCAGAAAUAACAAUCAGUCAAUGGACAUAUUAGAUGUGAUAUGUCACAUGAGAUCUGACACAAUGGCUACACUGUAAUGUAAAAAUUGUAAACUUGAGUAAGUUAUUCAGUAUGGAUGUAAAUGCUACAAUUGCCCAGUGUUAUGUGAUCCAGUACAGCAGCUCUACAGUGAAUUCUGCCUUUAUGAAGCUUUUCACUUUGACAUUAAAGAGUUUUUUGUAAACUUUAACAGUUUUUUCUCACUUUCCUACAAUAUUCGAACGUUGCUGUUUAACAGAAUGCAAAGGUACGUCUCAUCCAAUUUAAGAUCAUACAUCAUUUCUGCUUGACUCCUCCAGACUGUUUAGAAUUGGGUUAAUAUACAUGUCAAAUUAUCAGGGAUGCAAGACAGAGGAAGGUCAUCUCAUUCGUGUUUUAUGGUCUCUCCUGCAGAAAAACAAAUUUUGUUCAGUUUAAGAUUUAAGCUGGUAAGAUUUAAGAUAAGAUGAUGGAUCAGUUUGAAGAUUUGCGGACAAACAUGUUAGAAGUUACAUCCAAGUUACUGUAAUGACAGGUGGACAGAUACUCUGAGAUGACUAGAGCAGGAGCAUUUGGAAAGAAGUCCUA